AUGUCGCAUCAUCUAUUCCUUCUUUCUCCCUCUGAUACUCCUUUGUACAGCCUCACUCAUCAGUCGAGCAAACCGGCACCAGUUGCGACCAGUCCAUUGGCUGCGAACCUCCCGACAUGGUCGACUUCAGCGUUUGCAGGGACGUUGACGGCGCUGUCUGGGGCAUCGAGUGCUCCGCAGAGGACGAGCGAUGGGGUUGUGAGGGGCGGUGGGCAGGAUAGGCAUGUUAUACAGAUGAUUGCGAAUGCGAGUCUGGAUGCUAUUGAGGACGUGAUGCGGAAGGAGAAUGCGAUGUAUCUGAAAUCUGUCGACAAAUUCAACGAGUGGACUGUAUCGGCGUUUAUCACGCCUGGAAGUGAGCUAAAGUCCUUUAUUAUUGUGUUGGAUGGAUGA